AUGGAAGGGACUGUUUUCGCUCCGGCAUUGGAAGGAAUAAAGAAUGUUAAGUCUGAACAGGGAGAGAUUCUGUCACAGCCUUUCUUGGAAGUGUGCAAGCAGAUACUUCCUGUUAUAGAUAAGUUUGGAGCUGCUAUGACCCUUGUUAAAUCUGACAUAGGUGGCAAUAUAUCGAGAUUGGAAUCUAAAUAUUCAUCUAGUCCAACCAAAUUCAACUACCUGUAUAGUUUGGUACAAGUAGAGGUUGAAACUAAAACUGCCAAGUCAUCAUCCAGUUGUACCAAUGGGCUUCUUUGGCUUACGAGAGCAAUGGAUUUCUUGGUGGCACUUUUCCGGAACUUAAUUGAGCAUACAGACUGGUCAAUGUCACAAGCAUGUACAGAUUCCUAUAACAAGACUCUAAAGAAGUGGCAUGGAUGGCUCGCUAGUUCAAGCUUUGCUGUAGCGAUGAAGCUUGCUCCUGAUAGGAAGAAAUUCAUGGACGUGAUACAGGGAGGCGGCGAUGUUAAUGCUGACAUAGAGAAAUUUUGUACCACCUUUUCUCCUUUCCUCGAAGAGAAUCACAAGUUUCUGGCUCGAUUUGGCUUGGAUGAACUGAAGGCUUCAUGA